ACUACACGAAAAAAAGGCAACACUUCACACACAUACAAAAUGGCGUCCCAAGAACGGAGCAUGCCCUUCAUAAAGAACCUCGCCUCGAGCGACCGCAAAAUCCGCACCUCAGCCCUCUCCUCCCUUCACGCCUUCCUUUCGGCCCGGGACGUCGCCUCGGCCCUGGGCCCGCUCGACGUGCUCAAGUUAUGGAAGGGCCUCUUCUACGCGCUGUGGAUGUGCGACCGGGCAAUCCCCCAACAGAACCUCUGCGCCGAGCUGGCCGACCUUAUCUACAAACUCCCGCGCGACGCCGUCGUCCCCUGGCUGCGCGGCUUCUGGGCCACCAUGUCCCGCGAGUGGACGGGCAUCGACGUGCUACGUAUGGAGAAAUUCCUGCUGCUUGUCCGGAGGGUUGUCGGGGCCGGGUUCAAGUGGAUGAGGAAGGGCAGUGGUAGCGGUAGCGGGAGUGAUGGUGUGGGGAAGAAGAAGAAGAAGGAAGGGAAUGGGAGUGGGGUAUCAGAUUGGGAUGCGAGCAAGGUGGACGACGUGCUAGGGCUAUUGGGCGAGUGGCCGUUUUCGAUUGAGGAAGAGGCGCGGAUCGAACAAGCUCUGGAGGAGGGCGAGCCAUUAACUCAGAAGAUACCUGCAGGGUUGAGACUUCAUGUAUUGGAUAUUUGGGUGGACGAGGCGGAGAAGGCGGGCCUACUCGAGAAUGAUGACGAGGAAGCGAAGCAGAUCAUCCAGAGGAUCUCGGAUCAAAUAGAUGCUUUGGAGGAAGCGACGACGAGCCCGGCCGUGCGGGUCAGGUCAAAGGAGUCGCUGGCUGACGAGCGACUUCCAGGGAACAGGAAACCUGAGAGCGAUGCCAAGGAGGAAGAGGGCCCGGGAAGGACACAAGGAGAUGACUGGGACGGGUUUGAUGAUUAGACAUGACGUACAAAGAGAGAUCGAGCAGUCUCUACACAAGUUUUUUCCUUUUCCCGGUUUCCCUCGCUGUAGCCGGAAGAACCAAACCAAUCGACGACGCUUCCUGGGCCAGUUUCAAGCCAACGAAGUUACCAGGCACAUUGGAAAUGCAUUAGUCUAUAU